UUUGUCUCUUCAUUUAAAUUAUUUAAUUAACUUACAAUUCUACUAAUUGUCUUGGUGUUUAAUUGUUGUCUUUUGAAAUGUGAAACUGUGCAAACAUGAUACAUGGAGAUGGUGAUGAUAAUUGUCCUUGACUUUAUAUUUUUCUCAUGUGAUGAUAUCAAUUGUCAUGUUGUGAGUUAAUUGUAUUGAUUAUUACCAAUUUAGAAAUGUAAACACCCUCCCAUCAUUUAUCAGAUUUGUUAUUGGAAUCAAAGGUCGUCUUAAUUGGAUAUUCUCUCUCUCUCUCUCUCCUUUUUUCUCUCUCACAUGAUUAUUGAUGGUCACAAGAUUCUGAUCUUGUGGUGGUAUUUACCAUGGAUUAUUGAUUAAUCGGUAUCAUGAUUGUUAAUCAACAUCACGCGCCAACAAUUAUUAUUAUUAAAUUGUUUUGAUUGUGUAAUUGUAAAGCUUUCUGAUUAUUAAGGAAAACUGUGAUUUUGUUUUUAUUUUUGUUACAUUAAUAUCAGAUAUCUUUUUAAUUAACAUGAUUCCUCUGUUAAUUGGUGAUAUAAUCAACAAACAAUUAAUCAGCUGAUAUUUGUGAGUCAAGUUUUGCUUACCUGUGAAUCUAAACACAAUUGUUGAUGUCAAUCAAAUCUUCAAUCACACCCCAAUCAACACACCUUCACCUUGGAAAGUAAAUUAAAUUGAAAGAUUGAACAAUUUAAAAUCAAUUCAAUACCUGACUUUUUUUUCAAUUACGAAAUGAAGAGUAAUUUGUGGUUGAAGUAAAAUAAUAAUGAAUUACUCAUUUAAUUAUCUCUCAUGAUGAUGGAAACCUUGAUUAGUGAAAUGAGAAUCCAACUAAUGAUGACAAAAAAAUCUGGUUAAUGGUUAAUUCUUAUCAUAGGAGAUGAUUAAUUAUCAAUAAUUAGCCGACAAUUACACCGAAUAAGAUCAACUUUUAGUUGUCCCGCUAAAGUGAUGGCAAAAUCUUGGUAAUUGUUUGUUGACAAUUAACUGUAAUCCUGUGAUGGUCUCCUAAUUGUUUUGAUUUGUUUGGUUAAAUUAAUGUCUCUCAAUCCUAACAAUCAGCAUCAGACUGGAACCUAAACUUUGUUGAUUGUUUAUCACCCAAGGAUAUCCUGUCAAUGGAAAUUUGGAUUUCCAAUUAACUAAUUUCAAUCAGAUUUUAAACACUGAAAUCACUAAUCACUUACCAUCAGAAGAAUGAUGAUCAACAUGAAUCAUUAAUUUUAUCCCUUAAUUGUAAUUCUAAUUGACAUCAUCACAUUUAAACCAAUGUUAUUGCAUGUUAAUUGCUUCAUCUUCACGAAAUACAAAUCAACAACAAUUAAGGAGAAACUGUUUCAUUGGUAAAAAAAAAUAUUAAUUUUCUAAACCUUAAUCACUUUACUCUCACAACAAUCUACCAUUGAUUAAUUUAGUUUUCAUCGUUAUAUCGCAAGUAUAUUAAUCAAGGUCUCAAGGUUUGGUGUUUUAAUUAACCUGUUGCUCAGAAUCAAAGUCAAAAGAUGAACCGAAUCAGCUAUUACAAUUAACAUGAAAUCUUUGCUGUUAAUUGUCCAUGUAACACAAACAAUUAACCAGAAAAAAUCACAAUUUAAAUUACAAUCAUCACGAUACAUGAAAGAUGAUCAUCAUUGAGAGUUUCCAAUUUUCUGGUUACCUGUCUAGCUGAUUGUUGGUAAAAAAAGAUUGUUAAUUAACCUUGAAUUAAAUUUUCAUAGAAGAUGAUUAAAAAAAUUGACUGUCUAAAUCACUUUAACCAGGUAAUCAUUGUAAGUAAUCAACAGCCAUUGUCAUGAUUAACUUUGAUUGCUGUUGGUAAACAAGUACUCUUGAAAAAAAAACUUCCAGCAAUUAGUGAUACCUGAAAAUGAACAAGGUGUUACUAAAUCAUUUAAUUAACACGAUGGUUAAUCCAUUGAUUGUUAAUAAGAGCCCAAUCCAAUUAACUCUUAAAUUGUCAUCAUCAUCAUCUUAUAUAACUGAUGAUUAACUCUUGAAAGUUAAUUCUCAUUGAUGGUAACAAACAAAUCAUCAGAAAAGCAGAAAAUUAUCAUGAUAAAUUAACGAGAAAACUUAAAUUAAACUGAAAAACGAUUAGAGAAGCAAUUUAGUAAUUGUAAUCAUCUUCUGCUUCAUAAUUACUAAUUAAAGUAUCGAUACAAUGUAAUAAUUUCGGAUAAAAUUGAACAGUUAAUCAUGAACAUGGAGCAUGAGAACAAUAAAUUACCAUCAGUGACAAUUAACCAACAAUCAAAAUGAAACAUCAACAAUAUUAAUCACAAUUGAAAGUGAUGAUCAAAACUCCACAAUUAAACUAAUUAACAUGGAGAAAACAAAAGUUAACUAGACAACCGAUUGUUAAACAAUCAACAAGCAACUUGCGAGUAAAUCUUACCUUUGAUCACAGAAUUACCAAAUUGCAACAAUCAACUUCAAUAAGAACAAAAAUUAUCAACAUUAACUUUUCUAUUAACCAACAAUUUAGGUAAUUGUGAAGACAAUUUAAAAGAUUGGCCAACAAUUUGCUCAGAAAGAGAGAAAACCAAGAGAGAGUAUUAAUAUCAUAUGGAUAAUGAACAUUGGGCGGGAAUGGAAAUGAUGAUGAUCAUCAUUUCUCUUUCUCUCUUCUCUUUCUUUUCAAAUCCAAUGUUCUUUUACAGUUGGAAUGGGCUUUUAUUCAACAAAAACCAGCCUUCGAAGUGAAUGAAAGUUACUAGAGGAAAUGAAAGAGAAAGGAAGAUAAAUGAGAGAGAAGAUGAAGACGAGAGAGUGAGAGAGAUAAUUGAAUAAGCCCUAAAGUGAAAAGACAGGAACUGCCCUUAGAUUUGUCUCAUUUUAAAUUUAUCUCUCAUUCGAGUAACAAUCAACUAAAUUGUUUCUUGUUCUCCUUAAAUUAAGUUGAUUUUAUUGAUUCCAUUUGAAUGCCUUUCCAUAAGUCACUCGAAAUGUCCAAAGACGAUUCAACUGUUUCUUCACCUUUUAAAUGGUUAAUUUCAUCUAAAGGUGAACUGUUCAGAUCUUUUCUUGCUGAAUUAGUUGGAACUGCGAUUCUGGUCAUUUUUACCUGUGGUACUUGUACGGCGACAGGUACACGACCUGAUACCCUUGUGUCCACUGCCCUUUCCUUUGGAUUAACUGUCGCUUGUUUGGUCGCUACUUUGGGUCAUGUUUCCGGUUGUCAUAUUAAUCCAGCGGUUACAAUUGGUCUUCUGGUCAACGGUCAAGUUUCACUUGUUCGGUCAAUCGUCUACCUGAUCGCCCAACUCAUCGGCGGUGUCGCGGGUGCCGGUCUACUUUAUGGUGCUCUCUCCAAACCGGAAACACUUUGUGCCACCGUCUUAUCGGUUGACCCGAUCCAAGGGAUAAUCGUCGAGUGCUUAAUCUGUUUCCUUUUGGUAUUAACUGUUUGCAAUGUUUGCCAAUCAAAUCCGUCCAAUGCUCCGCUCUUAAUUGGCCUCGCAGUGACCACUGGUCACUUAUUUGCGAUUCCAUUGACUUCUUCAUCAAUGAACACUGCACGAUCUUUUGGACCUGCAGUUAUCGCCGGAGUUUGGGACAAUCAUUGGGUCUAUUGGGUUGGUCCCUUACUCGGCGGUGCUCUUGGUGGUUUUGUCCAUCGAUUCAUUUUCCUCAACAAAUCAAUUUACGAUAAAUGUGAAACCUCAGCCAAAGGAAACGAUGAAGUACCGAAUGUGACAACAUCUAUUUAAAUCACUGCUUGAUUAACCCUCUACCCUAAUGAUUAGUUAAUCAUCGGUCCAUCUUCACUACUCACUGAUCAUCAAAGGUGUCGUUGUGUCAAUCAACUGAAACAAAAUUAUUCUUAUUUUUUUCUCAUUACUUUUAAGUUCUUUGAGUUUAUCAUUUUGAUUUCAUCUCUUUUUUUGUUUAUCCAUUUUUUCAAAACAAAACAAAAAGAAAAACCAAAAAAAACAAAACGAAACAAUUAACCAAAUUAUUCUUACAAUCAAGUGCCUAUCAUCUUUUCGGAUCAACUUAAUUGUCUUGGUCAAGUGCACAAUCAUCAGGAAAACUUAUCCACUCGAAAAAGAAUCCAGGAAUCCUUAAAUUAAUCGCACAAGGAAUAGAAAUCAAUCCAAUCGAAUCAAAUUUAAUUUCUAACUCACUUUGUCUAUUUAUUGACUAAACCAAAUUCUUUUCAGAUCAAAAUCUCAUUCUUUUUUAUUUUAAUUCUAUUCAUUAAUAAAAAAAGACAAUUCUCCAUUCUUAUAAA